AUGAUUCGAGAAUUUAUUAUAAUGGUGUCUUUCGUGAUCGGAGCUGAAUCCAUCAUGUGCGAGUCACCCAAUCAUUCCGCAGUAACAUUUUCAACCACCGAUGCCUUUUUCCACUUUAGCACAACUUAUAUUAUUGAAUUUAACUUGCAAUGCGCUAAUAAUGUCAAGGAUAUGGCUGUUUAUGGUAUCGUCAAUGGGAAGAUAUAUCAGGCUGCUGUAUCGGAAGAAACAUCAAAACAUCAAAUAUCUUGGCAGUUGGAGCACGACGACUCGGCAGCUCAAACAUUUAAUGUAGUGAUUUACGAUGAAGAUGGUUUAACUGCUUAUCGCAAGACGGAAAGGAGCCAUGGUGAUACCUCCAAAGUGAAAUCGCUCUUCAUAGUUCAGUUAAACCAUCCGGGUGUCUCAAAAUCAUCUCCGAUUGCAUCAGAAACUGUUAUUACGGCUUUCGCUUUGAUUGCUUUAUAUAUUGGUUAUCAUUUUAAGAGUCAGUUGAUGGCUUAA